UAAGAAUAAAAUAUUUGUUGAGCAUGUGAGAGCUUUUAUUUGCAAUUUUGUGUUAUGUUGACUCGGGUACUCAUCAACUUCAAAUGAAUUAAUUUAAGACUUACUAAUUAUAUGAAGUAAUUUGGACAGAGAGCCGACAUUACAAAUUGAUUUAUGUUUUAUAUUUGAAUGUAAGCAAUAUUUAUCUUAACAGUCUACCUCUGUCAAAUUUUCCUCAGGUCAAUUUAUGUUCCUCAUUUGAAUUUAUUCAACACAAGAAUUCUUCAACUUCGUGUUUUGAUAGUUGAAUUUAUUAGUCAAUUGAAGCUAGACCACCUGGGAGCACUGGACGGCCGUUUCAUCCUAGUAUGGGAUUCCUCGACAGUGCGCAUCCACGAUCCCCUUUCCAUGUUUUCCAUGGUGGUCUAGCUUCAAUUGACUCAUGAGUUCAACUAUUAAAUUACUAUAAUAUCCACAAAACCCCUCUGGACUUCGUGUUUGUUGAAAUAGAUCUAAAGAAAAGGAUUCUCUGCUUUUUGUUUAGACAACUCAAAACAUGAGUUUAUAAAACUAUUCAAUUACAUUCUGGAAUGCAUAUCUAUUUGAGGUGGUUGGUUUUCAUAUGAAAAUGGGUAAUAGAAAUUUAUUUUCCGAAACAUUAAGUAGUGUGACCAUUUCAGCGUACUCCACUUACCUUUAAAUUAGUAUAUUCUCGUACUUAUCAACCCGAGUAAUUAAUUUUCUUAUCUCUUAAUACUAAGUAAUGGUUUAGCAAUGUUGAAUAGGUAAAAGUGAGACUAUUAACCACCACGAGCAUUUUAUUGAAAUAUUUUCAUUAAUUAGGUAGUGUAGCUAAUUUUCCACACCUCCCAGGGGCAAUUUAUACGAAGCAAUGGUCAAUCAUAUAUAAAUUGGUUGACAGUUAAAUGCUUUAACCAUCAUCCCACAUUAAAACUUAGUGACUAUGUACCAGUUUACAUGUUAAGUUAUGCGACAACCGUUGCAAUUGUACUACCGUUUCUCUGUUAGGUGAUUAUUCGACGCGAUUACAAUGAGCCUAAUAUCAUAAUUCUAAAUUUCUCUUUGAAGCUGUAUAUUAUAGACCCGACUAAAGGGGAAUUAUCGUCAUGCUACAUAGUCGUUAGGAUGGUUUUUUAGUGGUUUCACAAAAUUCUACUUAAUCAGCCUUGUCUGACUCAGGUCGUCACUUGGAAUGCAUCUGUCAACUGUCCUCCAUGCACGACUUCGCAGUGUAGUCCGUCGUAUGAAUUCCGGAUGAUUUUGACGGUUUUCCCAGUUACACCAUAAAGUCGAAGUAGGUUCCAUAAUAUUCUCCUAUCCAUACCGUCAAACGCUUUCUCAUAGUCAAUGAAUUUGAUGUAUAGUGACGAAUUCCAUUUAAUGGAUUGUUGAACGAUGGUUAGUAGUGUUGAGAUUUGGUUCGUGGACGACCGAUCCUUAUGGAAUCCGACCUGUUGAUCUCGGAGCUAAGUGUCCACUGAAUCAUUCAUCUGGUUCAGCAACACUGUUGGAACCGCUUGCUGGCACGAAUGGUAGUAGGAUGCCUCUAUGGUUCUCACAUUUACUGAGAUUUCAUUUUCUUUUCAUUGGUAUCUUGAUGAGGUAUUCUUCUUUCCAUUCUAUCGGCAUUUGUUGCUCCUCCCAAAUCUUUCAGAAUAUGAUGUGAAGCAUGUUUGCAGUUACUUCAAUAUCUGACUUUAGUGCUACAGCCGAUAUGUUGUCAGGUUCUACUGCUUUCCCACAGUUGAUCUGUCUGCCAUCCUGAUUUUUUCUAUUGUUGAUGGAGUGACAACCAUAGGAAUGUGCGUGUGUGCUUCUUCGAUGUCUGAUGGGUUCAGCGUGACUGGUCUUUUCAAGGGUUCUUUAGAGUGCUCUCAGGUUUCCCUUCACUUGCAACUCUCUCCACUCUCGUCGCUAGAUGUUCCACAUACUUCCGUUCAUCAGUUCUGAUGCUGCUCUUCACUCGCUUGUUUGCCUGUGAAUUUGGCUUCUGUCUUGACCUUCUCUACUAUUGUUUGGUUUUUGUCGACUGGUGUCUUCCUGUUCUUACUUUCUUGAAUCGUGCGUAGGAUAUCAACAGAAAUCCACCCUUUAUGACGGUGCUUCUUGCGACGCAGCACCUCCUGGUAUGUUCAAGUUACUACUUUUUAUUAUCCAUUUCCAUUUGUUUCCAUAGUAGUUUACUCUUUUAGUGGGACUUAUUGGUAGGAUUUAUGUUGACUUCAUAUGUCAGUAUCUCAAAGGAAGGCUGUAUUAAUCUUUUGUGAUACUGUUUAUCCAGUGUUUCUUUAGCUUUAGUUUCAUCUUUGCAGCUAUCAGGUAGUGAUCUGAAGCCGUAUCAGCUCCUCUAUUUUUUUCUUACGACAAUGGUAACACAUAUAACUAUUUUGUCGAAAGCCCACAAAUUUGUAAAUCUCACAGUUUUCGUCCCUUUCUCCCAGUCCUUGUUAUCCCUCGAUAUCGUCAUACUCUGUAUUGUCCAUUUCGACCUUGGCGUUUAGGUCUUUCAUCAGGACGGUUCGGUCCUUUUCUGGGUAUUUCUCUACAAUGGACUACAACUUCUUACAAAACAAAUACUCACCAUUCCCCCUGAUAUCAAUGGUGGGCGCAUGCUUGUGGAUGACAUUGCUAUCCAUGUUUUCUUUGCUUACAAGGGUGCUUUGAUAAUCCUGGAUUUAUGAGAUUCCCACCUUAUAAAUGCUUUCUGCACAUCUUUAAAUAGCAUCAGUGCAACUCCUUGUGUGUGCGAGACAUUUUAUUCUUCAUGACCGGAAUACAGUAUCACUUCUCUCGAGUUUUGAUGUGGGUAAGGUAUUGGUACUAAGUUAAAUCCUAUAAAAGACAAAAGAAACCCGUCUCUUUCAAAACGGAACGUAAUCACUAUUCAUGAAGAUACCGUUUUUCCGAUAUUGUACUCGUUUGCAGAAAACCUGCAGGGUGAAAUUGUAUAACUGGUGAGACAGGUUCUGUUAAAGUAUCCAAAAUGUCAUGAUACUUUGCGACUACUAUUAUUUCUUGCCAUUGUGAAAAUAGCAAAUUGGUAUUAUGUUUCUUCAUAAAUGUUUUGAUCGAUUGAUAAAAGUCUUUGUCGUUUACGUUGUUAAACAAUUGUGCUGACACCUUGACUCUAAACUAAAUCGACUUUAAAUUAAUCUAGCAAGGAAUAUACUACUGGGAACGACUUCGCAUAUAACUACUUUAGCAACAGUUGAGACAACGGAUUUCGACUAAAUACAUUCGGAAUUAUUCUCCAUUGCAUACCAACAUCGUUCUAAUUCUCAACAGACAAGAUGAAGAGAGAGGUGUCAGAUCCUAAAAUUUAUUAACCUUAGAUCAAUAUUUUAAUUUGUACAAUCGUUUAUGUUCAGAAAAUUAUAAUCUACUGAGUUAUUUGGUAUUUAAUAAUUCCAUUCAGUUUCUGAAGAUUGCCUCUUAACUGGUUCAUCUAGAAAUUGUAUUGUUCUUUCAGUUGAAUGGCUUGCUUCUUAACUGUGAUUCCCAAAACAACUGAAGUGAGAUCAUGGAAAUUUCAGGGUAAAUAAACCGUACACCGUUUUAAAAUACUUUCUCGACACACUUGUCCUAUGUCUUUUUCUAUUUCAAGCAUCUUCAUGUAUCAGGUUUUUCAAAUGCCUCAUCGUUUCACAUCUUGCUAGAAUCAUGUCAAGAAACGAUUUGACCAAAUUUAAUUCGUCGGCAGUUACCGGGAAGGUCACUCACGGAUUCCAAAAUACAAGGGACCGCACAUAUUUGAUCUAACCGAUACAGGAGGUUGAAAGUAGUUUUGGCUUUGAAUUUUCCUAUCACCAUUAUUAAAGUCUACUUAAUUCAAAUGAUGAAAUUUCACUUUAAUUAUCAUAAUCAUUCUAACUGAUAUGUUUGCUUUAAAAUGGAAAUAAUGUUAUUUCAGUUUAACAAUCAGAUUAGAGUUUAGAUAAAAAAGGAUGAAUAUUUCCGUUCCCAAUAUUCCUUUUAAUUUUAGUGACAAAUAUUUUGAUGCUAUUUGGGAACCAUUAUUAAUGCCAUUUGAUUAUGAAUUAUCACUGAAUUCUCAUUAAAUAUUGACUUUCAAGUAGCGAAUCAACUAUUCUUACUCUCAGUCGUCCUAUCAUUAUUAUGAUCUUUUUCGAAAUCUUCAAAAUCCAUCGAAUGGUUCUUGAAUUCGUACUGUGGAUUAGAAGUUUUCAUGCCGUGAAUUUUCAAAAUAGUUUACAUUCGAAAUGACUAUUCUUUUCUUUAUUUGAACACAUAAAUAUUGUUACAAAGGGGCAUUGACUACAUAUACGCCACACAAGUCACUUGAUUGGUGUGAGGGAUAGGGUACUCCUCAGGUGCUCAAACCAAAGCAGGUGAUUUUCUUAGGGAGCCACAUCCGGAGCCUUCGACCUAUAGGUCUGAUCCACAAGGCAGUGGAGAAACGUUAGGGGAUGCAAUACCGUGGUAGCCGAUGACCAACAAUAGGUUUAUAUGCCAUUUGUUCCUCCAGGAUCCUGGACCACAUGUACACGAUUGGUUUGGAAUAAGGGUUUUCCAACUCCCCUAUUUGGACCCUCCGUGUCCACCAACCCGGUUAGAGCGUUGGACAUUCGCUUUUUGUCCUCUUCAUUUCGUAAAAAACACCUGUGGUGCGAGAAGACAGUGAGUAGGACUUUUCUGUCAGUGGUUGUAUACGCGUGGCCAUUUGAGACCAUCAUAAGUCAUUUACUUCCACUUUCAAAUUGAUCUAAAAAUCAUAUCAUUACUUCACUUUCUUUUGGUCGCAUUCCAACGAUCGAAUUGUUCCAUGGAAUUGUCUUUGUCUAAAUAAUCUGAACGGAUAUAUAAGACCACAAAAUAUUUUGAAUUCGACGAUUUUUUUUCACUUUAUCAAUUCUCACUUAUCACUUUGAUUAAUAGUAAAAAUAUUCGACAGUAAUAUCUAAGUUUAGGUUUCCUUCUAAAAACUUCAUCAUACUGAUACCUAAAAUAAAACAUUUUUUCUUUUUCAUAUUUCAGAAAACACAUAGUAUGAUAUGAGGCCAAAACUUCCAAAAACUAUUUCUGCAUGGCAGCUGAUGAGCUUUCUACCACCUGGUGCAGCAGACAUCACAUCUGAAUUACACUUCACAAGGACUAGACGUAUGCCCAAUAUAACUCGUCCAGACCAAUUACUUAUUAAGGUUAAAGCGGCAUCGUUAAAUCCUGUCGAUUCUUUGCUUGUCUAUGGUUAUGGUUCUUCUAGCUUUAAUUUAUUACGUCGCUUUACAUCAAACUAUGGUUGCUUUGGUCUACCUGAUGCCACAACAGCAGAAAAUGCUGAUUUUCCUUUUACACCUGGUCGUGAUUUUUCUGGUCAAAUAGUUGACAUCGGUUCAGAAGUUGCUUUAUCCAACCUAAACAGGCAAAAUAAACUUAUUAUUGGUACAAAUGUGGUUGGUGCUACAUGGCCUUUUCUCAGUACUACUGGAUCUGGUUCAUUAGCUGAAUAUAUUGUCUGUCCAGCCGAUUAUGUUGCUCCAUUACCUAGUAAUGUUUCUUUCAUAUCUGCAGCUGCAUUAGGAUAUGCUGGUUUAACUGCAUGGUCAGCUUUAGUUGAUGCUGGUGGAAUCGACCCUGUUAGUAAGUCAUCACCAUCAGCUUGUUCAAUUCUUAUAACUGGCGCCACUGGUGGUGUUGGCUUUAUUGCAGCACAAUUGGCUAAACUUUGGGGUUGGAAAGUUCAUGUCACAUGUCCAAGUGAUAAAAAGGCAUUAGAUUUAAUGAAUGUUUUACAAGUUGAUGAAAUAUUUCCACAUCCGACAAAUAUUCAAACAACAAUGAAAUAUGAUUUAAUUCUUGAUUGUAUUCGACCGGAUUAUUUGAAUACAACAACUUCAUUCACCACAUUAUCAUCAUCAUCAUCAUCAUCAUCGUCGUCGUCGUCGUCGUCGAAUACACAAUUGAAACAAUGUCAUUUCAUUGAUCAUUUAUUACCUCAACUACCAUCUAUGUUAACUUAUUUAAAUACAUCAUCAAAUCGUACACGUUAUAUUAUGCUUAAUCCACCAUUAUUAUAUUUAAAUGAUUAUUAUGGACCAUUUAUUGGUAGUGGAAUAGCAUAUUCACAAUUAUUGUAUAGUAAUAUUGCAGCAUUAUUCUCUAACAAUAAUGUUUAUAAUACUAAUUUAAAUAAAAUACGUUGGGUAUUUUUUAAACCAAAUAAUAAAGUAUUAAAUUAUCUUUUAAAUUUACUUUCAAAUAAACAAUUAAUAAUACCAGUGGAUACUGUUUAUCAAUUUAAUCAUGUACCAGAUGCAUUUCAUCGACUGUAUACUAAAGGAAAACGUGGUAAACUUGUAAUUGAAGUGAAUAAUUAAUAAAUAAUCUUUCUUUUAC